CCGCGUCCGGAUUCGCAACUCGAGCUGCUGCUGCUGCUGCUGAUUCUGCUUUAGAAUUUGCUGCAUUCAGCCAAUGUGUCUUGCUGUCCCAAUUCCGCUCCUAUCGAGAUGGAAUAAUCAAACAUUCUGUGCGUGUGGGCUUCACCUGAUAGUGCAAGGACCUCCCCGUCUCAUCCUCCAGCCAAUGUGGAUUAUUUUGAUUGCAUUUCGUUGAUUUGCAGGUGAAUAACGCGAGACGCACGAAGUACAUUCUCAUGCAAAAUAUGGAGACAAUCUUGUAGUUCUUCAGGCUCCGUGUUCGGAUUUUGCCCGGUGAAUUCCCUUACGUGGAUCUCCACACGCCACAAGCGGUCAGCCCCUCACGCAGUUGCAUUUGUGAUGAGGGGGGAAAUCCCAAAUGGCGGUGCGAAAACUCACAUCGUUGUCCGAGCGGGAAAAAAUGAGGCUGCUUCAUCGGUUCGAAGCGGAAACGGUUGCUUGGCUAGCAACUGGGCGAAAUCUAACCGAACGGGAAUCAGUGAACACAUUAUUCGUGGAAACCCCGAGAGAAUAUUUUAAUAUACACGAGGAAUGAAACGGCACUGGAUUCAGAAAAUGUGAAAUUACAAUCGAUGUGCUUUACUCCGAGAGAAGAACCAAACCAUUCGAAGAGAAACGAAACAAAAUAUAUUUACACAACACAACACAACGACCCAGAUCAGACAACGAAAAGUUUGCGGAUGUGAUCAGAGGAAGAACCAAGUGAUUUGAAUGUGAGAAGAAAAUAGUGCAGGACUCGUAAAUUAUUAUUCUCGCCGUCGUCGUUAUCGUGUUCAUCGCACUGCACACAGCACUGUAUCAUGUUCCGUUGGGCGCUACAAUUGCUGCAUUUUGCAUGACCGCCAAGCGAGCAAAUAAAAAACAAACCAUAAUAAUAACAAAAAUCAAAUAAACACACAAAACAGCGGAUUAUCUGAGCAAAACCACGUUGACCGAGUUUAAAAAUACUCGCACAGCUGCACCAGCAGCAGCGCCCAAUCGAUAUUGGUUUUAAUUUGAAAUCAUCCCUCCCCCACGUGUGGCCACCCCGUGUGAGAGCACCCACUUGAAAUGCAUUCGUCCCAUAAAUUCGUAACAGGUAGAUCACUGGGCGGAUAUUGCAUUGGGCACAAUCACCGUAUCGGAAGAAGCGUUCAACAAGGCUGAAUAUCACCACCGGCAGCCAAAAAUGAAGGUGUUCGACCUGAAAGGCGGCAAGUCAACAGUUUCCCACGAUACCACCAAUCCCCUGGCGCUGGAAUCCGUUGUGAACGUGAGAGUCGAGAGCUAUCCAUCGAGCGUUGGGGUAGGUCGCGAAAGGGAUAUAACUUCGCGUAGAUCUACGCCCUCCAUUGCCAACUCUUUCUCUCGACCUUCCAACAGUUCUGAUCUGGCUGCACCGGAACGAUUCCAAAAUGUUACCAUGUACGGUUGUGUCAAAUUCAAUCCCAAUUCAAGGAAAGGUCGUCGUCUAUUUAUGUACCACAUGCUACUGGUGCUGCUGUUACCCAUCGUGGCUGUCGUGCUGCAAAAUACUGUCCUACUCCACCAGCAAAUCACGAAAUAUGAUACAGCAAAACGCGUCGGCGAAGAGAUCCGUGUGAUCAUGAACAUGACCGGCCUUGUCAAGGCUGUGCAAAACGAGCGAAAGUUACUGACCUACUUCGUGCUGACACAGCGGAGCAUAGCGGACGUGGAGCAGGCCAUCACCGAUACGGAUUAUAUGCUGGCGAAUCUACUCGUUCGCAGCAGAAGCUGGAACAUCGAGUACAACGAGAGCAUAAACCAGUCCAUAAUCCACGAUAAUUUAAGCAAAACGAGGAAAUUGCUUCUAAGGACCCCAUCGCUUAUCGAAAAUAACAGCAUUUCUGUUUACCUUGAACCUUACCAUGAACUGAACAGACAUAUCAUUGACCAUUUAAGUCAGAGUGUUGGCUUGUCUUUCAGUGGGAACGCUUGGCGACAUUUGAUAGUAUAUAAGAACGUAAUCGAAGCGGUGGAAAACAUCAACAUUGCCGCCAUUUUGGUGCUGCAGUUUAUAAGUCGGGGAGCGCUGGUUCUGGAUGAUUUCUCGCAGUUUGUCCGUCGGGAUGCCGCAGCGAUGGACCAUCUGCGAUCGGCAGAGAACUUCAUGACCGAUAUUGUGAUCAUGCAAAGCAGUGAAUACCACGUGCUGAACAAGUGGCGCCAUCUGGUGUUGAUCAAUUCGUCCAGCGGUGAUCGAGAGGAUGCUCUUUUGGAGUAUUUUCAGUCGGUGAACAGUUUCAUUAGGAAUCUGGAAAAACUACAGACGAGUCUCCAGGAAGUGUUCAUCGACACAGUCGACGAGGAAAUGAGCGAUGCUCGGAUGCGUCAAACAAUUUGCAUUGGAUUGAUGCUGCUAAUUUUCAUCAUCAGUCCCAUGCUGGUGUUGAUGGUUCUCACAGCAACUAACACGAUUCAGAACUUUUCCACUCAAUUGAUCACACGUACUUUCGAGCUUCGCAAUGAGAAAAGUAAAGCAGACCGUUUGUUGUACCAAAUGCUACCGCCCGCAGUCGUCCGUCAGCUGAAGCAAGAACGCCAGGUUCUGGCGGAAACGUUCGACUCGGUGACAAUUUUCUUCAGUGAUAUCGUAGGAUUUACGUACAUUUCAGCCGUCAGCACAGCGAUGGAAGUGGUGACGAUGCUAAACACGCUCUAUCGGUUAUUUGAUUCCAUUAUCUUGAAGUAUGAUGUUUACAAGGUCGAAACUAUCGGCGAUGCUUACAUGGUCGUAUCCGGACUCCCCCAGCGCAAUGGAGAUAAACACGCCGGUGAAAUUGCAUUGAUGUCUUUGAAUUUACUUCACGAAAUUUCCGGUUUCAUCAUACCUCAUAUGAAAAAUCGAACAUUGGAAAUCAGAGCCGGAAUCAACACUGGUUCGUGUGUGGCUGGCGUUGUAGGAACCACAAUGCCACGAUAUUGUCUAUUCGGUGACACGAUCAAUACUGCAUCCAGGAUGGAGUCAACUGGGGAACCUAUGAAAAUUCACGUCUCCGAAGACACCAAAGUAAUUCUGGAUAAGUUGGGUGGAUUCAAAAUCAAACGCCGAGGAACGAUCGAAGUCAAAGGAAAAGGGACCAUGGAUACAUACUGGCUACUUGGCCAUACAACGUACGAACAUCUUUUUCCCGAAAGUGCGAUUCCCAUCUACAAACCGGAGGUUGUCACGGAACCCGAAUUUAUGCAGAUAAUUUACUAGGGACUUCCCGGGCUUUUGAUCGUAAUAUUCCUCAAAACUUCACAAAAGCAGUGAUUCGUUAGAGUGAGUUUUGAUGGCAGAAAUAAAUGUUUAUGUAACUGUUAUAAUACCACAGGUGCAAUAACUCUGGAUAGAUAUAAAUGUCCCCCUUUUGCGUAACGUUUAUAGAGGUAAAUUUUAUGAAAAGUAGAAAAAAGGAAAACUGAAGAAACGGUGGCCAAUCAACCAUUUACUAGUCGACACAUUUUGGGACCACUGUAGGAAGUCGUAGACAGAUACCAAUUUCCACCUUUUAUAUGUAGGGUAGCGUUGAUUUGGAUGAGCAAUAAAG